CCGCCAUGUUCUGGAGGAGGAGAUACGUGUAGCCUGGCUUUAGCUGGCUUAGCAUUAGCAACACAUAGCUAGGCGGAGGCGCAACAAGCUCUCCGAACGCCGGAAUAAGUACUCUAUCUUGAUUUUUUCCCUUGGGUUUGGAGAAACUCGUUUAUGGGUGUAUUUUCCUGGACUAAAAGUUGAACCCGACGUAGCCCAAAAUAUAUGGUGAUGGCGUGGUCACAUGUGCAGCCAGCACUGUGUGUGUGGAGAUGGUUUUAACAGACGCUGCUCUGGAGGACUCAGGAACACUGCACUGGCCUGGCGAAGCCUCAUAAACAAACAUACACAACACACACAGCGCUGUACACAAGAAGCUUUUCGUGCACACGCCACCGCCGUGCCUUGAGAAAGGACACAGGCGCACGGACAUAACUUGAGCUUCACCUGAAGCACACACAAACACGUAUACACCCUCUGUGUUCUCUACCUAAAUAUUUUUGGGGUCAUAGAUUCUCUCCUGUGUGAGAGUGUACAUUUUUAUUUCUUCCCAUUUGUCCCAUCGCCACCGUGACCAUGCCGAGCUCCACCAUUCGCCGGCAGAUGAAGAACAUGGUGAACAACUACUCGGACGCGGAGAAGAAAGUCCGAGAGUCCACCUCCAACGACCCCUGGGGCCCGUCGUCCUCGCUCAUGUCCGAGAUCGCCGACCUCACCUACAACGUGGUUGCCUUCAGCGAGAUCAUGAGCAUGAUCUGGAAGCGGCUCAACGACCACGGCAAGAACUGGCGCCACGUCUACAAGGCGCUCACCCUGCUCGACUAUCUGAUCAAGACGGGCUCAGAGCGAGUGGCGCUGCAGUGCAAAGAGAACAUCUUCGCCAUCCAGACCCUAAAGGACUUCCAGUUUAUCGACAGAGACGGCAAGGACCAGGGCAUCAACGUCAGGGAGAAGAGCAAGCAGCUGGUGGUCCUACUCAAAGAUGAGGAGCGCCUCAAAGGAGAGAGGUCUCAGGCUUUGAAGACCAAAGAGCGCAUGGCCCAGGUGUCCACAGGGAGCAGUCAGAUGGGUUUUGGUCGAGGCUCGUCUCAGCCUAACCUCUCCACCUCCUACAGCGAAGAGUACGGCAGGUCGGAGGGCUCACCUGCCUCCUACCAUGGCUCCACAUCUCCCAACGCGGGUUCAGAGCUGGAGCAGGCCAGACCUCAGACCAGCGGAGAGGAGGAGCUGCAGCUGCAACUGGCUCUGGCCAUGAGCAGAGAGGCUGCCGAGCAGGAGGAUCGCAUACGCAGAGGGGACGACCUGAGACUACAGAUGGCCUUGGAGGAGAGUAAGAAAGGAGGGCCUGAUUCAGGCAAACUGGCCAAAAGGAAGAAAGAGCCACAAUCGUCUUUGAUGGAUCUGAUGGUCGUCCCUGAGCCCGGUGCCACCGCUGACCCCUGGGGCGCAGGGGCCACAGCCGGAGCCAGGGCCGCCGCUGCCGCCGCACCAGAAGACCCCUGGAAGACUUAUGGGUCUUCACCUAAGCCAGCAGCUCCAGUGGACCCAUGGGGGUCGACUCCCUCUGUCCCCCCCAUGAAGAGCAGCGAUCCCUGGGCGACUAACUCCGCUCCUGCCGCCGACCCAUGGAGCUCUGCCACCCGACCCAAGAACUCCAUUACAGGUAGCUUUGACCUGUACAAUGCAUCCAACGGUACGUCUAAAGAGGACUUCUCAGAGUUUGACAGCCUGCGCUCUUCUGCCUCUGUCCCCACUGGCAACGGGGGCGUAGCUUCCUCUCUCCCCUCCCAGGCCAGCCUGGCGAGCAGCAGCAGUCUGGACCUCUUCGACCCCCUCCCCUCCUCCAUGUCUAUGUCCGGCUCCACAAACCCAACCAGGAAGACCCCCGAGUCCUUCCUGGGUCCCAACGCUGCCCUGGUCAACCUGGACUCUCUGGUGACCAAACCAGCCCAGCCGGCGCCCAUCAUCAACCCCUUCUUAGCUUCAGCAGGCGUCGCUGCUCCAGCUCUCGCCCAAGCAGCCCACGCCAACCCCUUCCAGGUGACCCAGCCGGUGCCCCCCACCCUCAACCAGAUGCGGGUCAGCCCCAUGCCCUCCAGCUUCGGGAUGGGGGACCCCAUGCCCGUCCCCCCGGCGUCCGCCCAGCCCAUCACCAUGGUCCCCAUGGCCCGCGGCGGGGGGCUGCCCGCGGCGAUGCAGGCCUCCAUGUCUCUGCCCCAGCCCCUGAUGAGCAUGCCCCCCCAGGCCGGGUCGCAGCAGGCCGGGACCACCAACCCAUUCCUCUUGUGAGGGGGUGACCACCAACCCCCUCCCUCUCUUUUUCUCUCUUCCACUUUGGCUCCUUAAGAAGCUAAAAAAAAAAUGAACAAGGAGAUGUCUUAUCUCAUUUAUCUCUUUUAUAACCAACUCCUAGCCAGGUCGUAGUCCCAGCCUGGCCCCCCCCCCCACACUUUAACACACUCCUUUUACCCCCCCCCCCCCCCCUCCGUCUCUUUGUCUCAGUGCUACAAGCUGCCUAGUCCUGUGUGUCCAUUACUGAUCCCACGCUGAUGUUGACGACCACAAACGGUUUGCAUCAGUCUACAGACUUACAGAGUAGCAGUGGUGUUUACAGUUUACAGAGUCGGGACAGGACCCAGUUCCCCCCCCCCCCCCCACACACACACCCCCGGUCCUGGUUUUAUUCACUCGUCUCCUCUCCUUCUACUUCUUCCCCUAGGACUCCUUUUUUCUUCUUCUGUGGUGGAGUGACAGGAGAGUCUGACCAUACUAACGCCAGGAUCUUAUCUCUACACUAGAGCUAAUCUUUUAUAAGCCCUGUCAGCCGGUGUGUGUGUGUUUGUGUGUGUGUGUGUGAGUGUGUGUGUUUGUGUGUGUGUGUGUGUGAGUGUGUGUGUGUGUGUGUGUGUGUUUGUUUGAGCACACAUCUCAGUACUUUUACACUGUGUAUAUUCCAGUGGGUUUUACUUAUACACACUGGAGUACGGAUGCGAGAUGGUCAGAUGUGUUUAUACUCUCUCGUGUGUGUGUGUGUGUGUGUGUGUGUGUAUGUAUGUGUGUUAUAAAGCAGGGAUUUUGCACAAUUUGUUCUUUUUUUCUUUCUGUCUGCGACUGUUGGGCUCACCGUUACACCUUAGCUAAGGGAGGCCGACACACUGCCUCGGCUCGCGGUACCACUCAGUCACAAGUCUCGUCUGGUCACUUCCUGUCAACUUGGACCUUUUAUCCCCCUCCCCCCCCCCCCCCCCCCCCCCAAACCUCCAUAUGAACUUUGACCUCUCGGGGUCACGGGAUUAACAAUGAACACUUAUCAAAGGAGGUGAACCCCUUGUUUUAGGGGUUGAAAAGAUUAUGAAAUGUUACUUUUGUUUGUACUGUUGAUGCUCGGAUACUAACAGCCACACGUUGAUGUAUUUGUCACUAACUGACCCCCCCCUCCCCCCUCCCCCCACCAAGUGUGUGUUUUAGAGAAAGAUACAUGAUGUGAUGGCAUCAGUGUUUUGCCAUUUGAACAUAAAAGAUGCAGUAGGGCAGCAUUAGACAGUUUUUUUUUUCUUUUUAGUUGUUUCUAGGGUCAAAGGGAAGAGGAUGGGUUGUGUGAGAGAGUGUGUGAGUGAAGUUUGCAUGAGAGAUAGCUUCCAAGUGUACUUUUUAUGAGCAAGUUUAAGAUAGUUUCUGAAGUUUAAGUCAAAAAGGGGGGGGGGAAUAGACAUCGGCAGCCUUAAGUGUGUGUGUGUGUGUGUGUGUGUGUGUGAUUAUGAAUGUCAGUGUGUGUGUGUGUGUGCAACCAUAUAUAUCAAGGAGUGUUUCCAUGCAACGGUUGCAAAGAUAGCUAUGGGUUUAACACUGCAUCAUGAAAACUGUUUUACAUCGGAGUGGAUUUACAGCGGCUAAUCUCUGCAAGAACAUUACCUGCUGCACACACUCACACACACACACACACACGCACACACACACACACACACACACACACACGGUUGUUCCAGGAUCGGUGUAUUGAUAGCACACGGAAUCCCUCAGCAAAACAACAGAGCAUCACGUCAUGUAAAACGAGCAGUUGUUCAUUUUCUUUCGUCGUUAUUUACUUAUUUUUUUGUUUAGAUGUAAAUCCAUAGCCAAGCCUUUCAGAGUUUCGGAGCUGUGUACUAGCUAAGCAUCGUAUCAUCUUCACUCUCUCUUUCUGUCUUUAUCAUUUUCUGUCAUGUAGUUUCUUUUCACCCUAUGGGUAGGCGAUGUAAUUCUCUUCUCUUAGAAGCACAACUGUUACCAAAGUCAUAGCGACUGUGAUUUUCUGAGGGUGUCGUACUUUGAGUAGAUUGAACAGUAGGGUCACACUUCACUGACAUUUUGUUUUCUCUGUUUAUGGAUCCAUUGUUAUGAUUUUUUUUUUUUUAUAUAUUACAGAGCUAUUCGUUAAGGAGUUUGUGUAAAACAAAAAGUGUUACUGUUGAAAAGUGGGCUGAUGAAAAAUGAAUUGAGCCUGAUGUGCAGACCCUUCCUCUCCUUAGGUCAUUCCUCUCCUCUUCAGUUCUGUUAUCACUGCCAAUUGUUACUUGUCUGGAAGGGGUUGUAUUUUCUUUUCUUCUUCUGGUGUGCGUUGCCGCCCUCACCUGGUCUGCUGUGGUAUGACAGCUACACCGCAGGACCCUUGGUAUUCCCACUAAAAACACAGACCUUUUAUUUCUCUCAGGCAAAAGGAGGGGCAGCUCCAACCGUGUGUAUGAUUUUGGUGAUGCUAAUGCUGAGGGUGAUUAAUGCUCGGGGGUCCUGAAUGAAUGGGUGUGACACUUACUUGCCGACCAGCAAGACAUUUUAAAUCUAAAUAUAUGCAAAAAUUGGAGAUGGAUUAAAAAAAACAUAAGAAGACUUGAUGUGUUUUGCAAAGGUUAGAUUUGCUAAUAAAGUCUUGAAAUGAUAUUCUAGCCGUCACUUUCUCACUGGCCUUGAUUUCACUGCGGCCUGACCUUUUAGCGAUUGUGAAAAAAACAAGUUGUUAUGGAUGCAUUGAAAAACAAAAUAACAUUUAUUGUAAUGAACAAAUUCAACACUCCCUAACAGUCACUGCAGCUGAAGACUUUUGGACUCAUGGCUAUGGUGCAGUGGAAAUGUGGCCUGUGUGUAGCGAGCUCCUCUGCGUGUUACUAUGUAUUCACUAUGCUUUUAUCAAGAGGACUAACCAACCUGUCUUUAUAUGCAUAAAGCUUCCUUUAAUCUUUUCCAUGUCUGUCUAUUUACCCUUUCUCAUAGUACUGGGAGCAGGCUGCUGCUGCUUUUUUUUUUUUAUUGGAUACAUGCUCGACCUGUUGGCAUUAUAACUGUAUAAUAUAAUUUAUCAUUUGUACUAUUGUAACAUACUGUUCCUCUGUAUACCUUAUUAUUCUGUGUAAUGGGUUUUUGUAGGAAAAAAAGUCACCGUGGUAUUUUAACGGCAUCUAAACAAACGAACGCAGCAGACCGCACCCUGUCGGAUGAGGACAUCUGUAGCUGCAUUGGUUCAAAAAUAAAAUGUGUAUCACUUCCGCUCUGUAA